UGAAGAUGGCCAUUUUGGACUGUGGACGAUGUGCUCGCGGAGUCGAGCGCAGCUCAGAUGUGGCGGCCGCGUCUCCCGACUCCGGCUAUCAGAGUACACGACGGCGGCUGGCGCGUGCGGCGUGCUGGCCGUGCUGGUGACGGCCCUGAUGUGCGUCAUGUCGCCGAUGGUGCUGGCGAUGCGCGUCACCCGCCGCCGCGUGGUCGUCAAGUUCCGGCACGCCAUCAUGGGCAAGCUGGUGAUCAGCUGCAUAGGAACCGCCUGCUGCGUGCUAUGCAUAGUGCUCUUCGAUAUUGAAGUGAGAGCCAGGAGACUGGGGGAGAACCUGGGCUUCUUCGUCUAUUACUCCUGGUCCUUCUAUAUCAUGGUGAGCACUCAUUGAGAACGGAAU